AUGUCGACGGAGAGCGACGACGACGGCGCCAGGAGCGAGCGGAGUCAGGGUGGUCAGGGCGCGCGCGGCGCGGUCUCCUCGGGGAAGCAGCGAAGGGUCUCGACGAGCGGCGGCUCGCGGCCGAGCAGCGCGGCGACGCGGCGCCCGAGCAGAGCGAACACCGCGCCAAUCGUAUCUUCCGCGAGCGGCGGAAACGGCGGCGGCGGCGGGAAAACGACGACGCUGGCGUCCAUCUUCGGCAAAGCCUUCGGCGGGAAGAAAGCCGGCGCCGGCGGCGGCGCCGGCGGCGGGUUCGUCGUCGAUCACGACGCCAUCGCUCGCGCGUCGAAGAUGGAAAACGACAAGCUCAAGCGGUCGCUCGAGGCGUACAAGACGCAGGCGGAGCUUCACGAGGGGAUGUGCGUCACUCUCGGCGAGGUGCUGAAGACGACGUACGCGCGGAACUUACAGCUCGAGGACCUGCUCAGGGAUCUCGGCGUGGACGUGGACGACCCCGAGAGUCUCCGGUCGGCGGCGGCGGCGGCGACGACGCGCGCGCUGACGGAGAUCGCCGUGACCGCCGUCGCCGGCGUGGACGUCUCCGAGCUGGAGGAAGGGAGGGCGCUCGGCGAGGGGGGUCUGCUGCGCGGCGCGAGCUUCCGGUCGUCGUCGUCGUCGACGCCGCGGGGGGAGGCAUCGACCGAGGUCGCCGCGCUGCCAUCGCCGCCGCCGCGGACGCCGUGACGGGGAGAGAGCGAGAGCGAGAGCGAGCGGAGGACCGAGAUAGCGCCGGUGCAAGAGGUCACUCGUUGGAAAGAAAAAACGACGAGUUUCUCC